GUUGGUACAGCCUCCGCUCGCUCCGGAAAAGGUCGUGAGGAACUGAGCAGCGCCGAGCAGAGCCGUGCUGCUGGGCUGCUCGCAGCAUCGCCGCAAAACCGUCGGAGCAUCCAGGGAUGGCCGUGGGAACGGCACUGCUGUGGCUCGGCUCUGCGCUGCUGGCGCUGCCCGGAGCGUGCGGUGAUUGCCCGGAACCGCCGAGGUUUGUUUUUGCGGAGCCCCCCGGUCUUACCAACGCUUCGUACCCCGUUGGGGAGGUGCUGAAGUACCGCUGCCGCCCGGGGUACACGAGAGAUGUGAGCAAGUCCAACUACGUCACCUGCCUGCCCAACUCCACCUGGGCGUCAGACCCCGAUUUCUGCAUCGGAAAGUCGUGUGAACUGCCAGAAAUACCGAAUGGUGACUUCCACUUCAGCACCAACCUCCAGUUUGGAGCUAGGAUAAACUUCACCUGCAGGACUGGGUACCGUUUAGUUGGGAAUCCAACCGCACAAUGCAUUCUGAGUGGCAGUGAUGUUACUUGGGAUCAUGUUCCAUACUGUGAAAGUAAGUACAUCUUAAGUGCUUUGGGUAGGUCCUCAAAGCUACUGCUGCACACCUCUCCUUCAGCCUCUCAGACUACAGCUGCUUUUCUGCUGCUGUGUCACUAAAAAAAUACGUGUGGA